AUGAAUUUUCCCACGAAGUUGUUCUUAGCGCUGGUCGCAUGCUUGUUGUUACAACAAAUUCUUGCUGCUAAUUCCACCAGCAGUGACUCUACCGACACCACCACCGGUACUGAUUCCACAUCACCGUCUACGUCAACGAACAGCACAAGUUCUUAUCAAGCAACAAUAAAAAAAUUGCGGAAAAGAUUAAGGCGCCAAAAGCGUCUCGAAAAGAAACGUCUCACAAAGGCGCGACGAGCUUUGCGCAAAAGAGAACGACAGAUACAGCGCAGGAAUAGACGUUCGGAAAGCAGUGGUAGUAGCAAUAGGCGUGCCAACAGAAGAAAUAGAAAUAGACGGUCCAAUAGACGGUCCAACAGACGUCGUGGAUAA